GUCUGGGGUCUCCACAGCAGCGCGUGGUGCUUAUGGGCAGUGGUUCUGGCCUUCGUGGUGAUCAAUGUUACACUCUCGGAAAUUGGGAACUGGUCGCGCCCUGUUGUUGGUGACCGCGUUAAGAUAUUGACGGACAGCCAGGAAGGAGUUAUAUGCCAGGAUUUCAAGGAUUACCAUCCUUUCAAGAUCAUGUACGGGGAUGGCUCGUUGGCAACAUGUCGAGACAACCUGCACCCACAACGAUUUCGCGAAGAUCAGGUGCAGAAGAUCAAUCGCAACAUCUGGGUUUGGAACUUGGAUGGCGUCGCCCCCGUCUUUUGUACCAUUGCGGUCAUGGCUGGCAGGGGAGAACAGUGGUUGCUCGUGACGAGUCGCACAUCAUGGAUCAUGGCCAAAUGGAUCGCGCGCGUGUGCAUUCCGGCCUGCUACAUGUUGCACUUGCUUUCGAAAUUCCAUUUCAUAAAAACGAACAAUCGGGUGUACUACAGGCGGGAAGACACACACGAUGUUAUGAACAUGAAAGGUGCCUUGUCCAAUGUCGAUGAUGGCGCCGCUUGCCAAUUCGACGCACAUGGCAAGACACCGCUCCACUACGCGUGCGAGGCUGGUAACGUGGAGGUCGCACGCUUCCUUUUGAACAACUUCCCACGGGCUGCAAAGCUAGAGGAUUCGAGGCAGCUGGCGACGCCCUUGCACCUGGCUGCUGCCAGCAGCUCUCUAGACAUCGUGGAACUGCUGCUGGACGACCUCGACGACGAGGAGGUGGGCGUCGCCCUCUGUGCUGUAGACUCCGAGGGACGGACGCCCCUGCACAUCGCUUGCUCGGUCGGAGAUCCGAGACUGCUGGAGGAGCUGCUAAAGCGCAUGGAUGGCUGUGCGGAGCAACGCACGCGCACCCUUGCUCUCAGGGACAGACUUGGCCGGACACCUCUUUGCGCUGCUUGUGCCAGUGGUCAUGGCAAGGCUGCCCAACAGGUUCUGGUGUACAGCCGAGGCUCCGAGAACCUCCGCAGAGCCGCACGAGGUUUCGAUGGCUACAAGAAGGCACCAUUGCACUACGCGUGUGAGUAUGGACUGUUGGAGGCAGUGUUUUGGCUGAUGGAGUGCUACGAUUCUCAGGCAGAGGCAUUGAAUCAGGGGGAUGGCACAAACCGGACCCCGCUGCACAUAGCUAGCGAGAGCGGGCACGUAGACAUAUUGCAGGUGCUUUGUGGCCAGAGGAAGCCAGAGGACCGCAAGGGGCCGCCUGAGUGGAAUCGCAAUGCGAUGUGUGAACGAGAGGCUAGCCGGAAUUCCCGCAUCGCGGGCAGGCUGAUUUCUUCUGGGGGUGGGACGAUUAUUUUACUCUGGAUGUGCGGCUUCUGCCAGGCCAUGAAGGAAUUUUACCAUGAAGAUUGGCUCGUGGAACGACCUGGACAUGAUCACGAUCCGGAUAUGGAUAUCGAGUGGAUUGCGCAGGAGGUCAAGGUAAUUUGGCCUGCCCCGCUCUUCCAUGCAGAGUCGGUGGCGUGCGGAGACGACAACUCCUUCUACGUGGGAGACAGCUACCACGUCUACGCUGCUAAGAGGGCACGGAAGCAGCAGGCCCCAAACGAGCCAAACGAGUCGGGAGGCAAGUGGCUCGAGGGGAUCGAGGAUGGGCUGGAGAGCAUCGAGCACGUUGUCAGCGGCUUGGGCGAGGGUGGCAGCGAUGCGACCCCCGACGAUGACGACUUCCGUUUCUCGCGGGUCACUUGCGAUUUGGACGGCAGCAUUGCGGACAUCAGUUUCGGUUGCGAUGCCAACAGAGUUUGCCGUCCGUUCGUGCUCUUGCAAGGCAAGAGUAUCGUCGUGGACUGCCUCCCGGGUGCUCCACAGAAGCAGCGCCUGCUCAAGGUGGAGGGCGUGGCAGAGAAGAUAGUGAUGAAGGGGACGUCCACCAUGUAUGUCGGCCAGUCUGGCCAGGUCGUGAGGUACGACCGUAGACAGAACAACUGGGACCCUGUCUGGACUGUCGCGCACGUGUCAACCUCAAGCCAGCUGAAAUCAUUGGACCUCUCCGAUAACAUCCUGUGGCUCUUCAUGGGCAACGGCACUGCCGAAGGCUGGGACAUAGACCAGGGAAGCAAGUGCGCGACGCUGAAUCUGAUACCCAACAUCACCAGCGGCUGCCUCAGAGAGAACAGCACAUCCAGCUGGGUGCUGGUGCAGAACGGGGACGCGCCCCCGGUGAUGAUGCACGCGGGCGAGCUCAACGUCACGAAUCCGUUCAUGAGGGCUUGCCAGCGUUCGUCGGCCGCGCAGGUGGACCGGCGGGUCCUCGAGGUCUGA